UCCCAUUUCAAGUUGGAAUCAUAACAUUCCAUAAUAUUGCUAUCAUUUUGUACCUUCUACGUAUGAAGAGUGCAUCAAAGGGGAGGUAAUUCCAGCAACAGGUCUAUUUCAUUAAAAGACCCCCUUUUUCAUAUAAAAUAGUAGAUUACUGGGAUUUAUUUAUUAGAAAAUGUUAAAUCUAUAAAUAAAAUUAAAUUUCCAAACAAUUUAUGCAUCUAAUAUCACAAAUUUUAAAUCUUUAAUCUUUUGAAAGAUAAUUUUAAAUGCUUAAAAAUAUUCAUUUUUGUCAGUUUUUAAAUUUUAAUUGCAAAUGAACGGCCAAAAGUCCAAAGUACAAUUUUUUAUAUUUUACAGACAAGGAUUUGAUAUCAAAGUAUUAUACACUUUUAAAGAAAUUUAAGCGUUACUUUUGCAGCAACACCUAUUUCAAAAUUGACCAUAUAACACAAAAUGAAAAAAGUUUGGCACAAUGCCAAAUUACAGGCUCCUUGUAAUCUCUAUAUGGACACUUAUGAUGUCAAACACGAUUUCUCCAUAAGUGGUUUACAUGGAAAUAUCAUAAAAAAUCCAUUCUUUUCAUAAGCCUUCAGAAUUGAUUUGCAUUUUUGAAAAAAUAAAACCCUAAUAUUUAAGGAUUUUUCUUGUGUUCAAAGACUAAUCCACGUGUAAAUACAGAAUGCGCUGUUACUAAAAAUAGAAACGACCUAUCAAUAAAUUGACCUCAAAUUAUAAUUAUUCCAACCAUAUACUCCAAUGAUAUAAAUGAUUAAAAAUGAUAUUGAUGACCACCAUUUCCUUCAUUUUUAUAUAUUUGCAUGGUUUUCUCGUAGACAAGCUCUUAAGUCAAUUUCAAUCCACUUUGGUUUGCACAUAUUUUAUUGCAAAUGAUAAUACGAAAUGUUCAAAUGUAAGUUCUAACAAUUUUACUUCAUUCAGAGACUCUGAUUAGGUUUUCUAACACAAAUAUUAUAACAGUUUGUAAACCUUAUUUUUUGGUUCGCUAAAAAGAAAUUUAAAAAAAAAAAAGGAAGAAAAAAUCACGGACGGAAUUAUUGAAUCUUGGUCUUUGGCUAAGUUUGGUAAGCGCGUAUCUAUUGUGACGUCAAAAUGGAAACGUCACAAAUAUCAUGAAAAGUCGAUGACGAAAGCAUACCGGCGACCUACGUAAGAGUCUGAAAACUUUUUGUCCUUGAAGACUUGUAAGAUUUAGAAGGUGCUAGACAUUCAAAUCACGGAUGGAGCUACAGGUGUUACUCACAGUCGGGAUCGGCGUUCUCUUCCUUGUUCCGGCACAAUGCUUUGAGAACCUUGCACGAAAUCCGAAGUUCAGCGGCACACCAACACAGAGUACCCAAAACAAUCAAGGAGAUGCUUCACCUGACAAUGCUGUGGACGGGUUCUUACAGAGAGACGGCUCCGGUCUAGAAGACUGCUCCUAUACAUUGGCUAAUGACUUCACCACAGCAUGGUGGAAAAUUCCGCUGAAAGUCUUUGCUAAUGUGGCGUAUUUGCAAAUCCAUUUCCGCAGAGGAACUAACAGUCGACAAGUGGGGUUUUCAGUAUAUGCCUUUAACGAAACCACCUUCCUACCACCGAACUCUAGGAGUGGAAUUCGUGCAUUUCGUCACGACAUCACCACAUGUCUUCCACUGAUUUACAACGUAACUCUCAAUAAAGUGACGAAGGGGAUCGCUUUAUAUAACUCCAGAAAAGAUAAAGAAACGUCGGAUUGUGCGGGAUUUGAACCGACAUUUGCUACCAUUGAAGUCUGUGAAAUAUUGAUCAUGGGUUGUGAAGAGAAACAUUAUGGAGAAAAUUGUACAUCUUGCGAUUCAAAAUGCUUAGACAGCCAGUGUGACGUAUUUGAUGGGUCCUGUAGGUAUGGAUGUCAAACUAGUACGAUGAUCGCUCCUGAAUGUGAAGUUUGUGAAGGACCGUUCUAUGGAGAAAACUGUACUGAACCCUGUGGACAUUGUUUAAAUGGAAAUAAAUGUGACACGAAAGGUGUCUGUACUAAUGGAUGUGAACAUCAAUGGGGUGGACCUCUGUGUGACGUUUGCAGUGGCGGAUUUUACGGACCAAAUUGUACACUACAAUGUGGACAGUGUAAAAAUGGUACAUAUUGCAACGCGACAACUGGGAUAUGUCCAGAAGGAUGUCAGUAUAAUUGGAGCGGCGACAAAUGUGAUGUAUGCGCAGAUGACUUCUUUGGACCAAAAUGUACCGGACAGUGUGGAUUUUGUAAGAUUGGUACUACGUGUAACAAUGAAACAUCUGUCUGUCCUGAUGGAUGUCAGGAGCACUGGACCGGGGCAUUGUGUGAUGAUUGUGAAACAGGUUAUUACGGAUCAAACUGUCUACAACAAUGUGGAAAGUGUACGAAGGUGGAAGACUGCAACAGCAGGUCUGGAAUAUGCUUGUCUGAUUGCCAGCAUGGAUGGAGUGGAAACAAAUGUCAUGUGUGUGCGCAUGGAUUUUAUGGAACUAACUGUGAUAAAAGCUGUGGACACUGUGCAUUGAAUGCUUACUGUAACAAAGGAACGGGAGUUUGUCCUAAUGGUUGUGAGCAUCCUUGGGACGGACCACAGUGUGAUGUUUGUAAAGAGGGGUUCUAUGGCUCAACCUGUUCACACCAAUGUGGAAACUGCAAGUUAAAAACAACCUGCAACAAGGUAACAGGUGUGUGCCCAGAUGGCUGCCAGGAAGAAUGGAAAGGAUCCAAAUGUGAAGAAUGUAUGCACGGGUUGUAUGGCAAGGCCUGUGAACUUACAUGUGGAUUAUGUGAAAACGGAGAUCCCUGUGACAAAGAAACUGGUGUCUGUCCAUCUGGAUGCCAGACUCACGUUAGCGGCCCACAAUGUGAUGAUUGUGAGAGUGGAUAUUAUGGGGGAAACUGUACAGAGACCUGUGGAGCUUGUAUAGCCAAAGUAUGCAACAGACUUAGCGGGACUUGUCUUUAUGGAUGCCUGGAGAAAUUUACAGGAUUGAAUUGUGAUAAACAAGCGGUAUCAUUUGAGUACAUGAAAGGAGAAAUGGAUGCUGGUUCAAUUGGUGGGAUCACCGCGGCGGCUGUAAUUGUCGUCAUUGGUGUAGUGGUAUUUUUAGUCUACAUGUAUUUCAGACGAAGACACGCAGAAGCCAAUGACCCCAGCAGAAGAUAUGAAGACAAUACCGAACCAAAUACUGCACCAGACCAAGCCGAAACACCAGAACAAAUAGAGACAAAGACUUAAUGAGCAAACAGUCAAAUGAAAGAAAGAAGACCGGAAGUGUUACUAAAUGGAAAACACCGGAAGUAUUACUAAAUGGAAAACACCGGAAGUGUUACUGAAUGGUUCUCAUUCGGCUUACUCCGAAGAUUGUGUUUAGUAAUUACAUCUUGGAAAAAAGGGACAUUUUUUAUGUGAACUAAGGGAAGUUUUUCCACAUUUUACAUCAGUCGUUUUACUUUCGCAUCGUUUGAGUAAAUUUUCAAACAGGAUUUGUAUGGAAUUUAUUGUAAUCACAUAAAGAAAGAACAUUUUGACUAUGAAAUGGGGGAAAUUUUCCCCGAUAUUAAUCAUUCUUUUCAUUUUCGUACACUUUGAGCUUUUAUGCUAUAGCUGUGACUGGCAAAUGUAUAUGUAUUUUUUUAUAUUAAACAAAUGAUGAUGAA